AUGGCUGCCGUUGGCAGCGCACGCGUUGGCAGCGCCGACGAUGGUACUGCUGUCUUGAAAAUUCUGCGCACGGUGCUCGAUUACGAGCUCGUGUUUGCUGAAAAUGAACGGAUCAUCAUCGACAAAUUUUGGAAUCAGGCCAAGGUUUACAAGGUGCUGGACAAUACACUGCUUGAUGCUAUCUUUGACGUUCACUACGAAUUUCAGUACUUGACCGUCGAGAACCAAGCUCUUCUCAAGUCUUGUCUUCUGCCAACCAUCUCGGCCCAAGAAAGAGCCCAACAGCUACACAAGCUUUUCUCGGGCAAUAUUACGGAUGUUUAUCUCAAAUAUUUGGCAACCUGCCUUGUUCGGGACCGUGUCUUCUCAAGGGUCAUGGGGAAUGAUCGCUUUGCUGCGUUUGUAACCGCGGUGGAGCGAGAGGUCCGAACGCCCAUCGACAAGCUCAUCAACCACCCACUUCAACAGUUGACCUUUUACAUUGAGUCAAUAAAGCGCCUGGCUGCGACUGGCGCCCUUCCGCUAGAUGCCGAGCUCAACCAAGCUUGGCAGGCUCUGAAUCGCCACAAGGAGCAGCUGAACGAACUGCGUCAAGAAGAGCGUCGCAUGGCUGAGUUUGAGCUCUCGUUUUCAACUGCCAAGCUGCCAUUCACGGCACCUGAUACUGCAGAAUCAGCGCAGUUGCAUCCGUUGCGAGAGUUUCACGAGCUGAUGAUGCGCUAUGCAUCUUCAUGUGCUUUGAUCAAGAUGGCCGAGUGCCUCCAUGCUGGCAUCGUUCGGCGACGACACUUUUUUUUGUUUGAGACCCAUCUGCUCAUCAGCAAGCCCACGAGCCACAGCCACAAGCUAAAGCUGGUCAUUGAUCUCUCUUAUGCUUGGAUAAAUCCCACUCCUUCACUGCCAGAGUCUAUCGAGGCCAAUGCGGCAUUCCUGUUGGGGGAUCCAAAACAUCGCGGCUUUGUCUGCGUGUGUGAGAAUGCCUCCGACCGCGAGCACUGGCUCCAGCACUUGCAAAAAGCCAUGGUUACGAUGAAGAGCCGUUGCGAGCCGGAGGAGAUGGUGUCUGUCUGUCCGUUGAUCCCAGCCAUCGUGCCUGACAUUCAACGAUCGGACGUGACCAUCAAGAGCCUGUCCUUGCCCUAUCUCACCACCACGCGUGACGUGGUGGCAGCUGUAUUGGAGAGCUGCGAGCUUGAUGCACGCAACCCCGAGGAUUUUGUUCUUUUCGAGCGAAGCUCGCGAGGCUUCAAGCAAAUUCAAGAUGAUAACGUGCCAGCAAAGCUGCAGGUGACGUUGCGAGCAGCCAUUCCACGGGCCCUGCAGCGACGUCGCACGUCGCUCAGCUUGGACCCCUCGCAGUCAUAUGCGGGCUCACCACCCUUGGCUGGACCGCUGUCAACCAGCCCCACCACGACCGGCAUCCCCUUGGGCAAGCACAAAUCCAAGCGCGGCAUCAAGUUGUUGCGCAAAAUCGUCCCGAGCCGCAAUCGAUCCCGCACAUCCAGCAGCGAGGCUACCGAGUCGUCAAUUGACACCAGUGAACUGGGACUUUUUUAUGGCCGUCCUUUGGACGAUUUGGUGGAAGACGGGCGGUUGCCGACUGCGCUUGAGGACAUGCUUGGCCGCCUUUAUUUUCAUGGGUCGCGCACGCCCGAGCUCUUCCGCAAGAGUGCCAACGGACGCGUUGUGCAGCUGAUUCGCGAGAAGCUUGAUACUGGGGAGGAGGUGGAAAUGGGCGAUAUCCCACCUCUCAUCCUUGGGGCGGCUCUCAAGGAAUUUCUGCGCAACAUUCCAGACUGUCUGUUGCCGCAGCGGCUCUAUCCUGAGUUGGCGACAUCCAAUGGCAUCAGUGAUACGCGUCGGCGUGUGGCAGCAGUGCGAACGGCCCUCGCCAACCUGAGUGGUGCGCGUUUCUAUCUGUUCAAGUGCAUGUGCCGUCUUCUACUGCAGGUUGCGCGGUAUUCCGAGAGCAAUCACAUGACAGCUUCCAACUUGGCCAUCUGUGUGGGACCAAGCAUUCUAUGGCCUCCACGUCCCGAGGACGUUCUGAAAAAUGACGUUCCAAAGUUGAUUGAAUUUGUCUUGGACCAUUUCGUAGAGGUUUUCCCAGACACGGAGGUACCGAUCUUUGACAGUGAGGUGUAUCGGCAGCGCUUUGAUCUACCCCGAGCCGACUCAAGCGACGAUGAAGAGCUGCAAUUGGGCGAGGACUAUGUCUGA